CAUCUUUCAGGACUAUUUAUGAGAUACUUCAAGCAUAUUUGGUGGCCAUGUUAAUAAUUUAAGUAGAUGUGAUAUUAUAUUUGAUUUAAUGGAGCCGGUGAUACUUGAUGUCGGUAGCCGAUGCCUCAGAGUUCACCUGAUGGGAGGAGCAGACGAUCUGCUCCGGACAAACAUUUUCUUCAUCAUACAUUGCUGAAUACUCUGUUGUUUUAUCUAGGGGAAUGUCGUUCGCUCACCUUUCCGUGAUUUGGUGGUUUUCAUCAUUUGCUAACAGUGCAACUCUACAGGACGCGGAGAACCUUCAUCAGAUGUUGAAAAAUCGGAGUGAAUAUGACCGGUUUAUAGUGCCACUGUUAAACCAGAGUCAAAAUCUAGAAAUCAGUCUCUCGCUAUCACUCUCGGGAAGUGACGUAGAAUUCAUAGAGAUUGAAAACAAGGUCAAAAUACUUGUGGAUAUCACUACACAGUGGAAAGACGAAACUCUGAACUGGGACCCCUUUGAGUAUGGGUUCCUCUAUCAGCUCCCGAUAGUGGGGGACUGGGUGUGGCGACCUCAGACCUUGAUCCAGAUUCCUCAGAAUGACAGGAGCAAAAUGGACCAGAUAGUUGAGGGCGACAACAAAGAGCUGGAAAUGAUUCUGCGCAGUGACGGAAGCGUGCAUCGUCAUACUUCACUGGGUCUUUCACUCUUCUGUUCCAUCGAUACGACAAACUUUCCAUUUGAUAAACAGUCGUUCUCUUUCCUUCUGUCGAUUGCAGCACUCUCCUCAAAUCUCAAGUUUUCCAACACCUCCGCUUGUCAGAGCGUCGGACAGGAUAGUGGGAAUCCUAAAUGGACCAAUCUCCAAGUCCGCCACGAGAUCUUGUAUUCUAGGGCUGCCAUAAAGUGCGUCGUCAGUAUGGAGAGAAAGCCCCUGUUCUUUGUCAUCAACAUCAUACUUCCGGUGGUGUUGCUGGGGUUUUUGGAGGUCUUGGUGUUCCUGAUUCCCGCUGACGCCGGAGAGAAGCUAUCGUACUCUGUGGCCCUGUUACUGUCCUAUAGCGUGUUCAUCAGCUUCGUCUCCGACAACAUUCCGGAAGACUCCGAUAAUGUCUCCGAUCUCUUCUUUUACGUCAUCUUUCAGUUCUUUAUUGGAUCGCUUAUUAUAUUUUGUACUACGCUACAGUUACGACUCUACCAUCGCAAUGAUGAGGAAGACAUUCCAAUACUGUACAAAUACAUUGUUAAAUUUGUGAAAGUUCUAACAUGUCGGUGUCGAGCAUGUACCAAGAGUAAAAUAGAGAGUUCGUCGAUGGAUGGAGAACAAGUUACAGAUCCAGGGAAUCCCACGACCUCUGUUCAGGAAAAACACGCACCUUCUAAAUACAGGAAAACCAGCCGUGCGAUGAGGCGCAGUAAGACGAGAGGUGAUCUUACGGGAGGAGCUCGACUUCCGGUCUCCGUGAAAACGUCACACGCAGGGGACGGAAGACUAACUUGGCAAAACGUCUCGUCUGCCAUAGACUUUGUUUUGUUCUGGGUUUUCCUGGUUGUCCAGGUCGUUUUAAAUUUGUGGUUCUUUUAUCCUGCUUACCGAGAGUGAAUAUGCUAUACACGUGUAUUCUGUGAUGAUCAAUGUCUGAAAAUGGUAUUUUGAUGAAGGAAUCUUCAGUUUUGUUCU